GAAAAAAGUAUUUCGAUAGGAAGAAGUGCUGCUGUGACCAAGAGAGAACGAGCAGAGGAAGAAACACACGCAUCACGCGUAGUUUACAUCGGUUUGACUCAUACAUCUUCAUUCGCACUGCGAGCGAGACCCGCGCGCUACUGAGUUUAUGAAUGAAACACUUCCGACACGGUAAAGAAGUGGAAGUUUUCCGGUUUCCUAAACGUGUUUGGACUUCUUGUUUGGUUCAUCUGAUUUAAACGUAACUUCUAUUUUUACUCUCUGCUUUUUACGAAAACAGCCGAGAUAUUUGGAUUUGCGAUUUGUGGUUCGUUUCACCGUGGGAAAAUCGGUUUAAUUCGCAUUCCGCGUGCACGGACGUUUUCUUCACGGCUUGUUUCGUAGGAAUGAUUUACAAACCUAAAUAACUACCACAAGAAAAGUACACAUCAACACACCUCGGUGCUCAGUACAACAACAUCCAGAUAAUCUCAAAGGUAGCUCUGUGCUGCUGGUGUUGAUGGCCCAGUGCUGCCCACAGCUGUGUGAAUGAGCCGUCUCAGCCGACCCUCCUCACCCAGCUGCUGUGGCAUGGCUUCUCUCAGGAUGUUGAUGUUAUGGCAUUUACUUCUCCUGUGGGUUAUUCUUGCUCAGAUUCCCACAGCCUACUCACGUCCCCCUGUGACUGACCAAGGUCACACCGUAGCAUCUUCCGAGGACGAAGAUGACGAUGAGUCAUCGUCUGAAGAAAACAAGCCGUCAAGCAGCCAGGAGCUCUUACCGAUGGCACCCCACUGGGCCCAACCUGAAAAGAUGGAAAAAAAGCUUCAUGCUGUACCAGCCAGCAAAACAGUGAAAUUUCGAUGUCAGGCUGAGGGAAAUCCAACCCCUAAACUUCGCUGGCUCAAGAAUGGUAAAGAGUUCAAAAGGGACCAGCGCAUCGGGGGCUACAAGCUGCGUGAACACAUGUGGACUAUAAUCAUGGAGUCAGUGGUGCCCUCAGACAAGGGCAACUAUACCUGUCUGGUGGAGAACGACUACGGAAGCAUCAGUCACACCUAUCAGCUGGAUGUAGUGGAACGGUCUCCACACAGACCCAUCCUAUAUGCUGGUCUUCCUGCAAACCGUACGGCUGUCGUCGGCAGUGACGUAGAGUUUGUAUGUAAGGUUUUCAGUGACCCUCAGCCUCACAUCCAAUGGCUCAAACACAUGGUAGUGAACGGAAGCCAACUCGGACCUGAUGGACUACCUUACGUACGCGUCCUAAAGACCGCUGGCCUCAACACCACUGACAAGGAGAUGGAGGUGUUCCAGUUGAGGAAUGUGUCCUUUGAGGAUGCUGGGGAGUACACUUGCUUGGCGGGCAAUUCUAUUGGGGUCUCCCAUCAGUCAGCAUGGUUGACCGUUGUCAAAGCACCCACGGCUCCCUCUGCAGUGCCCAGCCAGUCCUACCUGGAGGUGUUGAUCUACUGUGUUGGAUUCUUCCUCAUCUUCCUCAUGGUGGGAAUUGCCACCAUAGUCAAAGUCCGCAGCUCCUCCAAGAAGAGCGACUUUAACAGCCAGCUGGCCGUUCAUAAGCUGGCCAAAAGCAUUCCUCUCCGCAGACAGGUGUCAGUGGAAUCCAGUUCUUCUCUGAACUCUGGUAUGAUGUUGGUAAGACCUUCACGGCUCUCCUCCAGUGGGACCCCAAUGCUGUCAGGAGUCUCAGAGUACGAGCUGCCCCACGACCCAAGCUGGGAGGUGCCCAGAGAGAGGCUAGUGCUUGGGAAACCUCUAGGAGAGGGCUGCUUUGGGCAGGUGGUGAUGGGCGAAGCCAUUGGACUGGACAGAGACAAGCCCAACCGUGUGACAAAAGUAGCCGUUAAGAUGCUGAAAUCUGAUGCCACCGAGAAGGACCUGUCUGACCUCAUCUCAGAGAUGGAGAUGAUGAAGAUGAUUGGAAAACACAAGAACAUCAUCAACCUGCUCGGAGCUUGUACUCAAGAUGGCUCUCUUUAUGUCAUUGUGGAAUACGCAUCUAAAGGAAACCUGCGGGAAUAUCUGCGUGUCCGUCGGCCCCAUGGCAUGGAGUACUGUUACAAUCCAGAUCAGGUGCACGUGGAGAGCAUGUCAAUCAAAGACUUGGUCUCCUGUGCCUACCAGGUGGCUCGUGGCAUGGAGUACUUGGCAUCCAAAAAGUGUAUCCACAGAGACUUGGCAGCACGCAAUGUACUUGUAACAGAGGACAAUGUAAUGAAGAUAGCAGACUUCGGUCUGGCUCGGGACGUUCAUCACAUAGAUUACUACAAGAAGACCACAAAUGGUCGACUGCCUGUGAAAUGGAUGGCACCUGAAGCUUUGUUCGACAGGAUUUACACUCAUCAAAGUGACGUGUGGUCUUUUGGGGUUCUUCUGUGGGAGAUCUUCACCCUUGGGGGCUCACCUUAUCCUGGAGUGCCCGUGGAAGAGCUCUUCAAGCUACUGCGAGAAGGUCACCGCAUGGACAGACCCUCAGCCUGCACUCAAGAGCUAUACCUGAUGAUGAAAGACUGCUGGCAUGCGGUUCCCACGCAAAGGCCUACUUUUAAACAGCUGGUUGAGGACCUUGAUCACACCCUGUCUUUUAUAUCCAAUCAGGAGUAUCUGGACCUCUAUGUGCCCCUGGACCCUAUUUACUCUCAGGUCAUCCUGAAUGAACGUAACUCUACCUGCUCAUCCGAACAGGACUCGGUCUUCUUACGAGAGUCUGAACCCGAAUAUCCCUGCAUCCCCCCGUCAGUUCCCCCUCAACACAUAGUCCGUUCCUACAAAAAACGCUGAAGGCAGAGAGCACAUGGACCUCAGUCACAGAUAUAUCUGUCUUCCUUUCUGCUUCCUUUUACUCAUAAACUCUACAUGCUCAGAGACUGAGAAGAUCAGCCUAGGCCGUUAUAGCACAGAUACGCAAGCAGGAGGUGGUGUUUCACACAUGUAGACUCUCGAAAUCAAGACUGAUUAGAACUGCACAGGAGUCUUGGGAUGGUCUCCAAGGGACAGGUGGUGUUUUGUCGAACUUUUGCCUCUGUUUGUCCCCGAUAUUCUUCAGAGGCCUUGAUGUUCGCAUACAAGAUGUUCCAAAAGCAUCAUCAAAGGAUUUUGUUCAGCAAUGAACUCAAAUGUGGUGAAGAAAUAAUUGCAAGUGUUACCAAUUAAAGUAUGCUGCCUUUGUAAAGGUGGAUAAAUUGUACAAUUAUGAAAUUAUAUUAACACUAUUGUUUUAUAUUACUAUUAUAAUUAUUAUUAUUUUUGUAUGAGCUUGUUCAUUCCCUACUCUGUUUAAAGGUGAAGUGUGUAAUUUCUGCACCACUAGCAUCAUCAAACGGAGUUGUGAAUGUUUUCAAACAUGUUUCCUGAUUACUCCGCCAGUCUGCCAUAUGGCGGAUUUAGGCAUGGGCAACAUGGGCAGUUGCCCAGGGCGGCAUCUUGCGGGGGGUGGCACGAGGCACCCACAUAGACCCGUUCCGUCAAUAACUUUGGGGGUGUGUUGAAGUGGGUUUCGCCCAGGGCGCCAUACAAGCUAGAACCGCUACUGUGGUGGAUAAAACAGAGCCCCAAACUGGUUGAGCCAAUGUUGCUCUGUCGGGUUGGUCGGGAUGCUCAAACAAACAAAGCAAUGUUGGAAAGUGCCACAGUUUACACUUGGAGAAUCAACCUAUGAAUGUCUUAUGUCUUAUAUUCAAUAAAAAAAAAAAUUACAUGCAUCACCUUUAAGAAACAUAAUCUGUAACACAGAUUUAUGGGAUAGUUGCUAAGUGUUCACAUAAGCUACAAAUGAAAUCUGUUACUCAUUGCUUGCAGUUACAGUUGUAAGGUUCAAAUAAAAUUUGUCUGGUGUUGUCCUGUAGCACAAUAUUCCAGUAGUGUGAAUGAAUGUUUAUUAGUUGUUUAUGUUGCCUGGGUAUUAUGAAAUUGCUGGAAUACAGAUACCUGUUUAGUACCAGCUGGAGAUUUGACAAUCUCUUAGCAUGUUCCACCAGUUGUAGUCUGUAUCAUACGUUUACAUCAGUUUCAAAACACAGUAUGUCUGUAGCUUCUCUGUUUAUCAUUUUCUGAUAGAUUUUCAAACCACAGGGUUUAUAUGACGAGGAAUUUGUAACAAAAAAAAAAAUGAUUAUUAUUAACUUGUUAUGAGAAAGGACGUACAUUAGUUCUCUGAUAGAAUUUUUCAAUGCUUGUAUGAUUAUGUGAAUUUUGAGGCAGUGGCCAUGCACUUAUAUUCCGGCUAUCAGUGAGCUGACUGAUAUUGCCAUUCCUGCGGGAAUAUAAAUAAAAAUGUUAUAUAUAUAUAAAAAUGAUCUGAGGCAUGGGUUGAUUUGUAAAACUGAGUGUGUAUUUGUGUACUCUGCAAAAAAAUAAAUAGAAAAG